AUGGAUUCUGCGCGCGUGGAUGAGUUUAGGGCCACCCUACCCGAGUAUGGCAUUACACACAAGAACGUCAUCAAGUGCAACAUGGAUCACGAUGGUCCGGAUCUGUCGCUAGCCAAACCCCAUGCCAUGACAGUGCAGUACACGCGUUGUGUGAGUCCACUGUGCCAUCCAGCUGGUGGAGACCAAGUCACUCUUGAAAUGAAAAAUGCGCUGGCUACAUGGAUUGAUGACGACCCCAAGCACAACCCCAAGGCGUUGUUCACGAUGCUCAAGGCGUCCAUUGGUCAAGAAAGAUUCGGUGGCAUGCCAUGUCCCACUUUGAAGCAAGUGCAGCAUGCAGUGCACUACAUGCGGUCCAAAGAUAUUUUGCAGAAGAGCACCGUUCCUGCUGCGAUUGAAGAACUCAUGAAGUGGCGACUCACCGACAACGUCGAAGACCAGGUGGCGCACAAACCAUUUGUGUUUGGUGUCGAGGAGGAAGCUGGAUUGUCAACAGUGGAACUCCUUCGAAAGUACCACGCUGUGUUCACAGCCAACCCAAUGAAGACCGUCAUAUGUCACAUGGACACGACAUUUUCGACGAACGUGCUGGGCUACCCCAUGUUUGUAUUUGGAUACUCCGACAUGGCGGGAUCAUUUCACCUUCUGUGCGUAUGCAUCACGUCGCAGCGGACCCACGCCGACGUCGCGUGGCUACUGCGGUCACUCAAGGAGAAGUUCACAAGUCUCCUGAAUUAUGCAUGGGCGCCGACAAGACUUAUGGGUGAUGCAGACAAGGCACAAUUCCUAGGAAUGACCAACGCACUUCAACCUGAGCUGCCUCUUCUCGAUGCUACGACAAACGCCAAGGCAUGA